AGCCGGUUAGUAAUGUACAGUAGAUAGAGCCUUUCUUUUAAAUCCCAGGGCAGCAGGUCCUUCAGGGCUAGCAUUGCAAUUUCAAUUAGCUCCUGAGUGAAAGCUUGGCAUGUGUAUUAGUGAGCAGGGACACAAUUAGCUUAUUCUUCCUUUCCGUGUUGUGUUGAGAGGAUCCAAAGGAUUGGUGGUGGAUCGGGCAAGCCAGGCAUCACUGGAUUUUGAAGAAGGGAAUUGCUCAGACCUCGACAUCUUCACUUGCUCACACUGGAAUUACAGAGAUUUAUUACAAAGCACUGUGUGGCUUGGUGAAGGGUGCCUCUGGAGACACUCCGGAUAGCAUUUGAGCUUUGUCUGUUUGAGUGCUUCACCGCUCCGUCUUGGUCUCAUCAUUAGCAUGGAGCCCAAUAGCCCCAAAAAGAUACAAUUUGCUGUACCUUUAUUCCAGAGUCAGAUUGCCCCAGAGGCAGCAGAGCAGAUCAGGAAAAGAAGACCUACACCAGCAUCCCUUGUGAUUCUCAAUGAACAUAAUUCCCCAGAAAUUGAUGAGAAGAGAGUGACUAACACACAAGAAUCGCAGAAUGCAUCCCCUAAGCAAAGGAAGCAGAGUGUGUACACGCCACCGGCCAUGAAAGGAGCAAGCAACCAAGAAGAACAGAAGAGAUGGGAGUAGUGAAAAGGCAACUGCAUUAGGGGAAGAUGAAUCAGAAGAGAAAAGGGAUUGUCUUGUGUGACUAGACAACAGUCAACAGAAUGAAACUAAGUCAUGAGUCAGAGAUGUAUACACACAUAUAGCAUGCAAUGACAUAAGUACUGUAACUGAGUAUUUUGCCUUGGAAAACUUGGUCUUACAAAAUGGCUCUAAAGUGUAAUCUGUUUUUGUCUGCUUGGUUUUGUUUGUUUUUGUAUUUUGUUUUGUUUCAUUUACUUGAAACUUCUUCCUGGAGAACUUUUCAGCCACAAGUCACUAACUGGAUAAUUUACUCUACCUAGCGUGUGAACUAUUGUUAUAAAGUAUUGCAUACCAGGUUUUUUCUUUUACAGAGAUUUAUGUGAUUUAUGUAUUAAAUUCUCUGGAAUGUGUCCACUGUGUUCUGGGGUAUUUUCAUUUUCUCCUCCAGGUGCAAAACAUAAGUUGAUAACAACCAGAAGCUGGCUUGUCAGUACUGUCCUCCUGCCUGGACUUGGAAGAGAGCUACACAACUGCACAUGGCCCCAGCACCCCCAGCCCUCCUCUCAAACUCUUGACAGCCAACUGGACUGCCUUCUAAAGUGCUCUUGAUAUGUCCUACAUAACAUGGACAUGCUUUUCAGAAAUGGUUUAUUAUUAUUUGUGCUGACCUAUUUGUCAAGCUCUUUUCUGUGGCUUUAUUUCCCUCUAUAACUAGAAGGAAGAAUUGGAAUUGAGAUAAAUCUUAACUGAAUUAUUUUUAAGUUUUCUCCUUGUGAAACCUGAGACGUCUCUCCUAUAAUGGGGAGGCUUUCAAACACAUUUCCCUUGUUUCUGUUUCAAAUUCCACUGUGUUUAUUUAUCCUCUUGUUGCUUUUUCAAAUUCCAUUUGCCUUGAUUCUGUUGAGCUCCAGAGAUCUUUUAGAAGUUUACAUGAUUAAGCACUUGAGAUUAUAACAGUGAAAAAGGAUAGUAUUGUACUUCUUGUAAAUAUAGCUAUUAAACUAUGCUGGUUAAUAUUUGUUCGAUUCUUACAAUUAAUAAGGUGGCUUCCCUUAUGUUUCUUGGUUAGUAAUCCCAUUAAAUGUGUAGAUUCACUUUAUAGAUACGGAGACUUAACUCCACAGAAAAGAAGUGGCCUGGAGUGACCUUGUAACUUGACAAACCUUUCUAUUACCUUGUGAUCCAUGAGAGAAACUGUCAGAGUUGUAAGCUCAGAAAAGUCCUCUUCCAUAGGAACCAUGGGCUCUCAUGGUUCCUGCAAUGGCCUAGAGAACAACUCACAAAGAAAUCUCUGGAGUUUUAGGCAGAAAACACAAGAUAGUUUUUGUCAUGUGGUUGGGUGGGAAGAACAAACAGUUUUUUAAUUCUUUGGCUUUGAUUUAAACUAAGGUGAUUUUUGCAAAAUCCAACAAGUGGAACAACCUCUUACAACAAGCUGCACAGUUAGUAGAUCUUCUUCCUCUUUUACCCCCUUGUCUUUCUCCUCUUCUCCCUUCUUACCCUCCUCCUCCUCCUCUUCCUCUUCAUUGGUUUUUAAGUAGGGGGUCUCACUAUGUAACUGUGGCUGGCCUGGAACUCACAAUGGAGAUAAAGCUAGCCUUGAUUGUUGAGGUUCACCUGCUUCUCCAGUGGAGUACUGAAGUCAGAGGAAAGCUCCACCACUCCUUGUUUAAUGUUUCACUUAAAAAUACUUUCUAUUUUAAGAGGCCUGGAAAGAUGGAUCACUGGGUAAGAGUGCUUGCUCUGCAUGCAUGAGAACCCGAGUUCAAAUCCCAGCAUGCAGGCCAAUGCCAAGGAUGGUUGUAUGUAUCUACAACCCCAGCCCUGGGGAAAAGAGACAAGUGGAUUCUCAAAGUUGGUUGGCCUUCUAGUAAAUGGUGACCUUCUGGUUGGGUGAAAGACUCAGUCUCAAGGUUGAAAGCAACAGAGAAAAACACCUAAGAUCUUGUUCUGACCUCUGCAUGUACGUCCAUGGACACUCCUACACACACACACACACACACACACACACACACACACACACACACACACGUUCUUCCAAACCCACACACAUUUCAAAGUUUAUUUUUAAAAAUAAACUUGACUAUCUCGAAAGGAGAGUAUUGCUAAGUUUGUGCCAAUAGGCAGUAAGAAUCACAAAUUAUUACAAAAUAAACAGGAGGCUCAUUUUAAAUAUUUGUUAUUACUUCUCUCUUACUCUGCCCAGGACUUGGGAAGUGUUAAUUUUCAAUUACAGCUCCUAGACUCUCUUUUUCAAAAUACUAUUUCUCAAAAGUACCAAAGGUAUGGCUUUCUGUACUCAAAUCAAAGCAACAAGACAAUGAGAACGUUAAUCACACAAGUAGCUGGCAGAUGGCUGAAGAGUCCUUCAAGCAUUUCAGAGAGUUGUCUUUUCUUCCUCUCUUUAUUGUUUCAAGAAACAUCUUCCACAAGAAAGGCAGGUUUCUCAUUACAGUGGUCCUGCAGUGUGGGCUCUGUGGAUAGGAUUCCCUAAUCACACUAAUUACGUUACCAUAUGUUGCUCUCUGCUUCCUUCUUUUGCUCUAAUGGGACAUAGAUUUCUUAGUUUAAAUUUGUUACUUGGUUAUUGCAUUUUUCAAGUGAUUGAAACACUUAUGCAGCCCUUUAUUUGAUUUUUGAGAAUAUACUGUCCAAAAACUUGACAUGAAGGCCAAUGAGAUUAAAUAAGAAUUGUCUGUCCUACUAAACAUCAUGUUUGUAUGUCAGCUUAAGCUUGCUUGUUAUAAUUAAAGUUUACAUUGGAAAUAAAUGAUAACUAAAUUAAUUUUUAAAUGGCAUUUGUUGAAUGGACAGGAAAAAUAAAAAAUAGACAUUGAUAUUAAAUUACCCCAAACUGUAUCUGUAUAAAUAAUUGAUAUAAUAUUUCAAAGAAAAUAUAGCCAUAGAAGUCACUUUCUUUGUUUACAUAAUGUGAAAUUUAACUGUGUGUCUAUUGAGAAAUAGGAAUGUGUUAGAUUCAUGUAUUUAAAUAUGUAUGUACAAGUACAGGUUUUACAACAGUAGAGAAAAAAUAAAACCUUUUUAAAGAAAAAAAAAAGAAACAACCUGCUUUCUGUUAAAUAAAGAACAGUUCAUUAUUUA